ACCCUGUACAGUACCUCAUACUAAGCAUCUAUACCCUUCAGUAAUUACUGGUCCAUAGCGUAAUAUAGAAAAUGACAGAAGUAGUCCCUCAACAAGUGUUAUACUGUAAAGUGUGUAGUUUUCCACCAGAAUACUGUGAAUUUGGAGUCUCAUUAAAGAAAUGUCAAGAAUGGUUAGAAGAUGCUAAUAGUGAAUUAUACGAUAAGUUAUACGGAGAAGAAGCAUUAAGUCAGAAAUUCUCUAGUACAUUAUCAGUAGAAAAGCAAGAAAAGAUUAAUGCCGAAUUAGCUAAGAAACAAUUAAAGGAGGAAGCUAAGCAAGAGAGAGAAUUACAGAGAAAGUUACAAUCCAAGAUUACCAUUAAAAGAAUAGAAAGAAAUAGAAGAAAACAUGUUAUAACCAUUACUGGAUUAGAAUUAUUAGAAAUGGAUUUAAAGAAGUUAGCCAAACAGUUUGCGUCUAAAUUUGCUACGGGAGCUACGGUCAGUAAGAAUGCCGAGAAGAAGGAUGAGAUUAUUAUUCAGGGUGAUGUGAGUGAUGAGACUAAAGAAGAGCUUGAAAAGAUUUUAAACGACAAGGGAUUGAAGGGCAUUGAGAUUGAACAGAUUGACGAUAAGAAGCUUAAGAAGAAGGCUGCUGCUGCUGCUGCUGCUGCUGGAGCUGCUGGUGGUGCACCAGCUUCUUCCAACUAGUUACUAUUAACUAUAUCUAUUAUUUA